GAGGUCAUUCUUAUGCUUUUAUUUGAUUUAAUUGGUACACAAAUGCAAUGUAAGGAAAUAAAAUUGCUUCAUCCCGAUUGGUUAAGCCUAUGUUUCCUCUUUCACCCUGAGUUGUCUUCUCAUUGAAGGGAACACUGUUGCCAGACCAGUCGCACUUCAACCAUGAUGCCAAAACAUUGCUUUCUAGGGUUCCUGGUCAGUUUCCUCCUCACUGGUGGAGAAGGAAUUCCACCAGCCCAUGAUGCUCUGAAACCUCAGAGGGUACAAUUUCGGUCCCGAAAUUUUCACAACAUUUUGCACUGGCAGCCUGGGAGGACACUUACUGGCAACAGCAGUACGUAUUUUGUGCAAUACAAAAUGUAUGGCCAGAGACAAUGGCAAAAUAAAGAGGAUUGCUGGGGGAUUCAAGAGCUCUUUUGUGACCUCACCAAUGAAACCUCGGAUCUGCAGGAGCCUUACUACGGGAGAGUGAGGAUGGCCUCUGCUGGGAGCUACUCUGACUGGAGCGUGACACGGCGCUUCAUUCCCUGGUGGGAAAUGAAAAUAGAUCCUCCAGUCAUAAAUAUAACCCAAAUAAAUGGGUCUUCGUGGGUGGUACUCCACACUCCAAAUUUGCCACAUAAAGAUGAAAAAGGAAAAAAUCUAUCAAAGGAAAAUGACUACAGCUUACUAUACCGAGUUUUUAUGAUUAACAAUUCACUGAAAAAGGAGCAACAAGUAUAUGAAGGGGCUCGUGGGGUUGCUGAAAUUGAAGCUCUCACACCUCACUCUGGUUACUGCGUAGUGGCUGAAAUAUAUCUGCCCCUGUUAGACAGAAGUAGUCAGAGAAGUGAAGAGAGGUGUGUGGGAACCCCAUAACUGGUUAUGGAGUGGCUGCAGUAUGGAAAUCAAAGCUCUCUGAGAAUGGGAUGGCUCGUGUUUGAAGAAUCUUAUUGAAAGCGUUUUUUAUGUCUUAAAGCAAUGUUCACUGUUACAUUUGAGGCACUUAUUUUGUUUAUCCAUUCUUUCUUUCUUUAUAUUUCACUUGUGAACUUAAUUUGACCAACACCCCUCAAAAAUGAGAAUUUAAAGAAGGUAAAGAAUAAAGGACCCUAUGAAAUACAGAAACUUAGGUUUGAUUGAAACAUCCCAAAACAGCAAAAACUAGGAACCAAAGAAUAAUAGGCAUUUAAUAAAAGUGUUGAAUUAAUUUUUUAAAACAGAAAUACAGACUGAGAGACCGUCCCGAAGAAGCAUUUUUCACUCUGUUCAGUCAGUUAAUUUGACAGAUAUGCCAAUUUAACACAUUUAUAUGAAUUUUUUCUAUACAUUACUAUUUGAUAAAACCAUACUUUUCCUAUAGUUAUUUUCCAUUUUGAAAUAAUUCUACUUAAUGACCAAAAUUUUAAGUCCUGUUCUGUGUAAAUAAGAACAGUUUUUGAAAAAAAAUAUGAUUUCUGGAUUAAUAUCUAGAUUAUCAACAAUAACAUCUAAACACCAAGGGAAUCUCACUCUUUCCCCCAUUUAACACAUAGUUACAUUAAAGAUUUUCUUUUUUUGUUUUGUUUUGGUUUUAACCUUGUCGUCAAAGAAUAUAUCUUUAUUCUCAAAAUUAGGUAGACAAUUUCUCAGCCACAAAGAGAAAAAAAUACUUAACUCACCAUUUGGGCCACAACAAUAGGUCAAUCAUCCUGGCAAAGGGUGCCUUGCUGGAGGCUUCUUCAUCCUUUCUGGUGGAGGAUCUUAUGAACAAAUGUUCAACUGGGACUCUCUGGGGUCCACAGAAAGAACUUGGCUUGAAUCUGAAAGCACACAGGUGGUGGUCAGUUUCUUUCGGAUACUCUUGGAGAUUAUAAGGAUAAUCAGAGUCCUCCAACCACACCUCCCCACACUGUCCUCUAAAGACCUGUGGACUAAGGUUCAGUAUAGUCAUCUUCACUCCAGACUAAGUCCUUAAAUGUGUUUAAGGUUGUCUACCUUGUGAGGUGUGAAUCAGAGAACACUUGAAUAAUUCCCUAUAAAAAUUGUGUCGAAUGUGAUUUAAAAAUAUGUAACUGGUACUUCUGGUUAUAUACAACUAGUCACAAUAAUAAACGGAUUUUAAAUUAUUCAGAAAUGCAUGGGGUGGAAUAGAAGAGCAAGAGUUAGAGAACCAAUUUCAUUGCUUUCCCAUAUGGUCAGGAGACAUUGACUUGAGCAUAGACCUAGAAAGUGGAAAAAAAAUGAAUUUUAUCACUGUUUUUGAAUUAUGAAUUUUAUUUUUUAUUUUUAGCUUAUUUCUUGGCUUUAUUUUUGCCUUUAAACAUUUGAGGGAAUGUGAAGAAAUAAGAGCAAGGGAGUAGGUGGGGAAAGGGAUUGUUUGUGGCCAACAGCAUUUAAGAGUAUGAAAUUCAGUAGUCCUGAAGGCUGACUUUCAACAAAAAACAAUUAUGAUAGUAGAGUGAAACAGAUAUUAUUACCUCAUAUACAUAUAUGACUGCUUGACUGAUGUGAUCCUGCAAUAUGUACAAUCAGAAAAAUGAGAGAUUAUACUCCAUUUAUGUAUGAACUGUCAAAAUGUGUAAAUGCAUUCUACUGUCCUGUAUAACAAUUUGGAACAAAAAAAAAUGUUUUAAUUAAAACAAAACAGUUAUAGUUGCUUCACAAAAGUUACUAAGUAGCAUCAAGUUUUGUCUUAAUUUUUAUUGCUUUGUUUUGUUUUGCUACUGUUUUCAUACCUAAGCACUUAAGCAUGGUUAGGCAAGUAUAAAAUACUUCGAAAAACAAUAUUUGUCACAUUCUUCAU